CUGUAUGACGCAACCAUCACAACUGGAGAAGAAGUUCGCUGUUUCUGGGGGCGUAAAGUCACCGGCGCUGCUAUUCUUUUCUGGCUGAACAAAUACAUGAACGCAAUGUUUCUGGUUUGGCUCUUUGUCACAGACUUCAAGAUUUCGGAUGAGGCAGGUACUUUCCUCUUGAUUGUUAGUGAAUUGUUCCUGAAUGACCAUACAACUUCAUCAGAGGUCAGUAGAGCCCCCUUCAUCGCAUUACGUGUAUAUGCACUCCAGAAGAGCUUGAUUAUAUGCGCAAUGGCCUUCAUGUUGGCUUUAGCGCCUCUCACAACCAAUUUUGUAAGUACUCUUCAAUAA